UGAAUGGCGGGUCGCCAUGGUGAGGACUGGCCACGGAUUGGGGUGGUUCAGCGUCUUGUCUGCAGCGCCUCGGUUCAACCGCUUCUCUGUGCAGACCUGAGCCCCAGUGUGAGCGGGUCCCGCUGGUUUGGUGCAGCGUUGGAUCACAUGAAGGCCUCCCGUGACUCAGACGUGGACGAAGCUUUGGAGAGGUACCAGCGAGGUUUAAGAGAGAGAGCUAGCAGAAGCAUCAAGCAACUGAAGUCUACACUGAAAGGGCCGUAUCAUCAAGAAUCCUCAGAGCUGGCUGGAGACUUGCUGUCUGCAGUGGAGGAACUUGAAGAUUCCCAGACAAAUACAUUAAGUUUUCCAGGGAAGGGAAGGAGUCAUUCUGAAAUGGCAUGGCAAGAGCUACAGCAUAGCCAUGCAGUUAAUCAGCUUAGAGCCUUGCUGCGACAGCAGGAAAUGGAAGAAAUGGAAAGUUCACCACAUAAGAGAAGGAUAUCUCCUACGAGAUGCCCAAGAGACACAGAUGGGUCACUAGUUGUUGAAGAUCUUGUUCCUAUUCUUCACGAUCAAUCCGAAUAUAUUCAGCAUUUGGAAGCAGAGGUCAAGCUUUUUAAGGAGGAUUUCACGAGCAUAAAACAGCGUGUUCAGGUGGUUGUGGUUGAAAAUGAAAAGCUUCGUGAAGAACUGAAAUCAAGGACUGUUCGGCAUACUCUGAAAAACCUGAGCUCUGCUUCAGCAGACUCACCAGUUCCUUGCCUGGAAGUGCAACAAUCCUUAAACACAAUGGCAGUUCGCCAGUCAACAUCACCAACCAAAAGCCAGAAUCAAGCCAUUUCUCCAUUGUGUCCAGAGAAGGAGAUUACAGCAGAUGAAACGAAAAAGUGGGCGAUGGAACUGGAAAAUCUAAGGAAACUUCACCAAGCAAGCGCUGAGACAGUGGAGGCUCAGCUUUCAUCAUCAAGAAAGGAUCUGUCAGAAGCUCAAAAAGAAUGUGAAGAUCUUAAAGGAAGGUUAAGGCACCAAGAAUUUCUGCUCGCAAUGCCUAGUUCAGUGCGUGUUGGAGGUUUAUGUUUGAAAUGUGCACAGCUUGAGGCAGUUUUGGCCCAGACUCAUACUGAUGUUCACAUGAAGACUGUUGAAAGAUUAACAAAAGAAAGAGAUGAGCUAAUGGAUAUGCUGACAUCUUUGAGAAGCAAUCUUAGUGACAUGCAGGAGAGAGAAACCAUUGUGUGUCACCAGAUAAAAAGAGCAGUGGAGACGGCAGAAGAAGCCAACUUGGAGAAAGCACAGGCCCUGGUCCAGUGUGAGCAUCUGAAGAAUGAGAUGUCACGUCAGAAAGAAAGGUUGGAACAAGAACUAAGCUUUCAGCAAGAAAAAAUUGCAAAUGCAAAGAAAACUGUGCAGGAAGAAAUGGGGAAAGAAAAAGAAUAUUUAGCAGCAAGGGUGACCUGUUUGUCAGAGAGAGUAGCCUGUCUGGAAGAUCAGGUACAGAGACUCAUGAAAGAGAAGAAUUCAAUAGCUAACCAGCUGGAAGAAGCUCAGAAACAACUAACAUUUAAUGACCUGAAUAUUAAUAAGGAAUGUGGAGAAUUGCGCUAUCAGCUGAACCAGGUCAAAAUGAAGAAAGAUGAGACUGAGAAGGAGUUCAGAGAAUACAGAUCAAAAACAUUACGAGAAAUUGAACUCCAAGAACAGGAGACGCAGAAGCUUGGGCUGGAAUUAAGUGAAACUAAGCGCCGUUUGGAGCAUGCCCAGCAAAACACAGCACAGGCAAAAAGUGAAUGUCUAAAGAUGACAGAACUACUGAGCAAGUCAGAGCACCAACUCCAUCUCACCAGGCUGGAAAAGGACAGCUUUUUCCGCAGCCACAGUGAUGAUAUCAAGGCCCUGGCCUUUCAAGCUCAACAUCGAGAGCGGGAGCUAACAGAAAAGAUGCAGCAAAUGGAGGCCCAGCAUGACAAAACCGUUACAGACCUGGACACGCUCCUUAGUUCCCAGAAUACACUCAUAAACAAGCUGAAAGCAGAGUGUCGAACUUUAAACUGGAAACUUGAACAAGUUGCAGGAAAAAACAGAUCGGAUGUUGGUCAUCUUUUCCAGGAGAAAGAAUACCAACAGGAACGGCUAGAGAAAUUGCAGAAGAGAAAUGAUGAAAUGGAGGAACAAUGUAUCCAGCAUGGUGAAAUGCACGAGAAAAUGAAACAAAGACUGCGACAGUUGGACCAGCACUGUCAGGCCAGUGCACAGCAAGUGGUGGAGCUGCUGCAUAAGCAGAACGAGCUGCUGAGGGAACGCCAGGCGCUCACAGAAAAGGUGCAGGUGGUGAAGUUAUCGGAGAGCACGGAAGCCAAACUGCAUGGUGUACAAUGAAGAUGGACUGAACCUCAAACGAAUUUCAAUCUCCACUUUGACAUUUUUCACUAAAUAUUUUUCAUUGUCAACAAUAUUUUUUGCUACUCAGUCACAUGGGAUGCAAAUGGUCGAGUCCGCUGGAUGAACUGGGUGAUUUGGAUUUGGGGUAAACUUCUGAUUCCUGGAGCCUUUUUAGAAUAGAUGAUUCGUGGCUCAGGGAAGCAAGAAGCCUGGACGUGAUAAAAGCAUGAACGAACCUCUCACUAGUUCCACAAAUGCGUAUUAAUUAAAAUGUUACUCUGCGUUGAACAAUAUUAGUUGUAUAGCACAAUAAAACUGAAUAAACAUCUAGAAGCUCAGGAAGUUCAGAAAACUGAUAUUUUAGUUGCAUUCAAAUAAACAGUUUUGCACUAUAAAACUUCCUUAGUCUCUUAAUUUCAAGAAACAGAUGAUCCACUUAUAGGGAGAAGAUAUUGAUGCAUCUAAAAUAUAAUUAGCAGUAAUCUUUAUAACAAUUGUCUCCAAGAUGGCACCUGCUAUGUGUCUUUGUUCUAUAGCUUUUAUAUCUUGUACGAUAUACAAAUUCAGAUGCAUAAACUACUUUCACCUCAAUUUUUAAAAUUAUUUGUUUCUCUAUUUUGUAUCACAUUGUAAAGUAUUUUAUAUUUAUCACAUUGUAUUAAUUGAAUAUCUUUAUUGUGACAAACUUGAAAUGUAUAGAGAAAAGCUUGAGCUGUUUUUGCUAAAUACGAUAAUUAAAAUUUAUUUUUCUACA